GCUCGGUCGAGCCCUUCCGCUGGGCGCACGCGUGCGCGCUCCGCUCAGGAUGCUGGAUUGUAGGUGAUGAUGGCGGAAGAGGAGCUGCGCUGAGUUUUCUCCCAGUUUUUUAAAUACAGCCCUAUCAGACGCUCGUCAGCAGAUCUCGUCUUUCUCCUCCGUCUCACUCAGAGGGAGUAUGGGGAAUGAAGCGAGCCUCGAAGGAGAGGGACAGCCGGGGCAACCGGGAGGCGCUGUCCCCACGGCUGGAGCCCCGGCUUCCAUUUCAGCACCAGCGGGCGGUGGACAGCUCCACAAGCCGAGCAACGGAGCGCCUGCCGGGGGAAUGGGCACCGGACACGGGCCGGGAAUGAACAGUAUCCAAGGCAAACCUAAUCAGACAGACCCGAGCAUGGGACCUAAACCUGGGGGUCCGCCAGGUGCAGGACCUGGUCCUGGAGCUCCGACACAGCCUCAGGGACCUGGUCAGGGUCAAGCGGCACGGAAGAACCUCCAGGUGGACGUGGGGAGCAGCAAAGGCGGGCACCCUGUCUCGCCUGGGGGCAGUGCUCCCACCUCGCCCUAUUCUUUGCCCCAGAUCGCACCAAUGCCCAGCAGCAAGCUGUGUCCGGUGUGCAAGACCGCAGAUCUAACGGGGACCACAGACGGCCAGCCAAACUGCAAUAAAUGCACACAGUGCCGCUCCAUGGUGUGCAACCAAUGUGGAUUCAACCCCAACCCUCACCUCACUGAGGUGCAAGAGUGGUUGUGUCUGAACUGUCAAAUGCAGAGGGCGCUGGGGAUGGAUAUGGAUACGCCACGGUCGAAAAGCCAGCAGCAGAUCCACUCACCAUCCCAGCCCAGCAAACCUCCACCCCAGCCUAUAUCCCAGCCUACUGCACCCACACAGCCCCAGCCCACACCCCAACCCCAACCCCAACCUCAACCUCAACCUCAACCUCAACCUCAACCUCAGUCCCAGCCUCCCCCAGAAGCUAAGAAGCAGACCAUUCCUCAAGCUGCCCCUCAAAGCAAACCUCCUGCUCCUGGCGCUGUUCCCCUUCCAGGCAUGGCCAAAGCCCCAUCCCAGCCUGACCUCUCCCGGUCAGGUCCCUGGAUUCCAGUCUCAGCCCCCACGGCAGGACCAUACUCGCAGCGCCGGAAGUUCCCCAUCCCGCCAACCUCCUCCACCAGAACAGCCCUUUGGGAAACUCUUCGGUUUUGGCGCUUCACUCUUGAACCAGGCCAGUAGUUUGAUAUCAGUGGAUCCGGUGCAAACCACACCACCGGCCCAACAACCUUCCUCCCCAAAGCCCCCGCAGAAGCAGCCGGGACCCCCUGGGCCUGGUCCAGGUCCUGCAGCAGGUGCUAAACCUGCAGCCCAGCCAGCUCCACCAA